UGAAAAAAAGGGGCGCGCGGUCAUUUAUUUCUCGCGGUUUUUUUCUUUUCCCAUCACGCAUGACAUCUUGGAUUUUCAAUCAACUAUUGAAUCUCGGAUUACACAUACCGGAUGGGACUGGACACUACUGACUGACUCGAGGAAAAUUUGAAUAUCGAAAGUGUGAAGGGAAGGGGCUUUCCCUGAAUAUGAGUCACAAGACUAUAAUUGUCCAUUUACGGGCGCUUGAGGGCGCGACCUAUGGUUUUUCACUUUCUUACGGUAAGCGUUAAAAUGUUCAACCUCUUAACAGAGCGAAGUCUCUGAAACUUUGCAAAGCCUUCCUGACUAGGCGGAAGUUCCGAUAUCUACCCGGCCACAAUUGUACACACUGAGAGGACGAAAGCAAAACAAAUUGUUCUGGAACGUUGAUCAGCGGGUAUGAGUUCAGUAAACAUGGAAGCUGAUCUUCAGGCGCGUUUACAGGAUCUAGACGAGAUUCUUGGCGGAGAACAAGGAAAUGCAUCUGAUGAUACGCAGCUGCUGCUGCAUGACCCCUACCAACAUCCAUUUCACGUCACCGUCCAAGAUCCCCCUGAUAUUCAAGUUGAGAUAACAGACUUGAAAGAUGUCUAUGACAAGUUUCAAAUCAAGAAAGUGCUUACAUCUGAAGAAGCCGAGAAAUCUUCUACAUCUGAACAACGUAUUGCUCAAGGCAAGGUCAGUGGAGUAGUUUGGACAUCUGGCCAAAUUGAGACGAUCACAGCAUUUGUUCAGCGCACUCCUGAGGCAGCAGAGAAGGCCCAUGACACUAUAGGACCUGUGGAGCUAAGAGUUAGUUAUGAAAAACAUGGAGUGCAAUCAAUUCAUUUUUCGAUUGAUCUGGAUUCGGUAUACAAGACUCCAAAAGGAGAAUUGGUUUAUUCACUUGACAGAGUAGAAAUGGAGAUGCGGAAUAUGUGGCAACUUGUUAUCGUUGUAGAACUCAUUGAUGGUUCAACACAACAGUUCACAUCAAAAGAGUUUCGCAUCAGAACAAGACCAAGGCCACCACCCAAGCAGCCUGCAGGAUCUACUGAUCCAGUGACUGGUAAUACAGCUAAAAGAAAACGACCAGAGAUAGAUUCUCACAUGUCUGGAAUAAAUGGAAGUCCUCAUAAUGCCAAUGGAUCAUCAUAUUCAGGCACUGGUAACUCUCCUUCUGGAUCAGCUACACUGACAGACAAGAACAUUCUAACAGAUUACCUGGAGGCACAGAGGGCUCUUAUCACAGAUUUGAGGGUCGUUAACAUGACGACAGAAAGCGCAGACAUCGCCUAUCACCUGAAUCUGACAGAAUCAGCACGAAGACGACCUGACCUGGAGGAGGGUGAUGUCAUUGCCUUCCUGGGAAAUGCUAAAACUGGCCAAACCGAAAUAGAGAAACUGACACACGAGAAUUCAGGACGAGCAGUGAUGGCCGGCGUAAUAAGCCGAUCGGCUUACAUUUAUGCCCAUACACCUCGCCAUGACGUGGAAAAAGGUGCGACUGAGACGGUAUGUGUUAUCGGCCUUGUUAAGGUUAAAGUACUUGGCACGGUCCAAAAUGGUGAGCGUGUGUACGCGGCAGUACACCAGCCAGGUGUUGCUAUUCCGGAGACGCACAUUCCGUUACGAGCAAUGGCCGGUCGCACCCCAACGCUACUGGGUCAAGCCCUGGAGAGCAAGACGAGCUAUAAACAAGACAGCGUUCACUUGGUCCAUUGCUUUGUAUCGAUAGUGCUCGGUAUACAGUCGGGACAGCUCGCUAAUGCCAUUAACGACCUUCAAGAAGGGAUGCAGGGCAGAUUUGAGGAUGUUAUGGUAAAGAACAGGUCAAAGUGGCUUAAAGGCUUGAGGUGGAAGUUGUUAAUAUUCCUUGUGGUUCUCGGAUUGCUUACUGCUGUGUUUUACGAGUUCCUUGCUCCAGGCACUUGGUACCAGUAUCAGCUCUGUAAACGAGGAAGCAUCAAGGGUCACGCAGCAACUUUUUCAUUUACGACACACGACAUCCAAACUCCCACUAUACGAGGGAUUGAAUUCACCUGGGAAAGGGUGAAGAAAAAACUUGACCUUGACGGUUGUGAACCGUUAAACGCUACAGAUGUCCAUUAUUACCUCAAUUUGGAUCGAUGCGCCUAUGGCGAACGGAUCGUUUUGGAUCACAAGCCACCAAUACGUGGACCGGAGGUUUUUGCAGUCAACGCAACUUGCUCGGGGGUAUUUUACCUGCACAAGAACAAAUGGUUACCAUACGCUACGGCGGAGCACGUCACGUGCGAGCCCCCAUAUUCCUGAACCCGUUUGGUGAUGGAGAUCAUUUAGCUGGGCCAUAUGGCUAGGGGCAUCGUUUGUGUUGUAUACCUACUGUUUCGUUUGGCCAAUCACGAAGACCCUUGUAAACGGUGCAGGUCGGCCCAGUUUCAGGAGCCCAUCACCUGGUAGUUUUGGAGAUCUUGGAGUACAGUAACAAAGAGCGUGAAAUCAGAGUGUCGUUUUAUGUGACAUUAUAUUUCAAGCCUAAUUUAUCAGACGAAUUUUCACAUAUAAGAGCGGAUGAAAUGUAAGUUAAAGACAGUUUUUGUCCCUGUUUUUAUAAAAGACAAGGGUUGUAGGAAUACUUCUAGAAACCGUGUUUCCUGCACGUUCUGUCAUAAAUUAUUUACCAUACAUGCUAUUUAACAAGUUUUGUGUAGAUUAUAGUAUUGACACGUGCAUUGUUGUAGGUAGAAUAAAGGGGUUUUUUUUUUCACUA